GAAUCACCUUCUGCUCUCCCACAUUUACGCCAUUUCGUUCGCCUUUAGGGCUUUUUCACUUUGCGAGAGAGAAGGGAAGGUCUCCGAUGGCGUUCUCAACCAUCCUCGGAUCCGCGAUUGCUUCCCCUCUGGGUCUUCCAAGGAACUGUGAUGCUAGGAGAAAUAUUCAGCCAGAUAAAGCGACAGUGACUGAAGCUCCUCCUUUACUUAAAAGUUCUAAAAGUGGGAGAAAGACAAAGAUUGGCAUAAAUGGUUUUGGGCGUACUGGAAGGCUUGUAAUGCGCAUGGCAACAACCAGAGAUGACAUUGAAGUAGUAGCUGUUCAUGGCCCCUUCAUUGAUGCCAAGUAUAUGGUAGGAAACUCACAUUAUAGGUUUUGGGCAUAUUGGAAGGCUUGUGAUGCACAUAGUAACAACCAGAGAUGACAUUGAAGCAGUAUCUGUUAAUGAUCCCUUCAUUGAUGCCAAGUAUAUGGUAGGA